AUGACAAGUGACAAGGGAAGGACUUCAAAGAAGGCCGCUGAGGGUUCACCCUCUGCUUUGGCUGUGCCUGAUGGAAGAGCCAGCAGUGGACCUCAGAAGGGGCAGUUGUCCAAUGGGAGGACAACGGGUCCAGCAAGGCGCUCGACCAAGGGAAAUUGGACCCUCGAAGAGGACGAUAUACUUCGGAAGGCUGUUGAAAUCCACAAUGGGAAAAAUUGGAAAAAGAUAGCUGAGUGUUUUCCUGAUAGGACCGACGUUCAAUGCUUGCAUAGGUGGCAGAAGGUUUUGAAUCCUGAGCUAGUCAAAGGGCCAUGGUCUAAAGAAGAAGAUGACAUCAUUAUUCAGAUGGUAAAGAAAUAUGGACCCACGAAAUGGUCAACCAUCGCCCAAGCUUUGUCAGGACGCAUUGGGAAGCAAUGUCGCGAAAGGUGGCACAAUCACCUUAAUCCUGGUAUAAACAAAGAUGCAUGGACGCAAGAAGAGGAGAUAAGGCUCAUUCAGGCUCAUCACAUAUACGGAAACAAAUGGGCUGAACUGUCAAAAUUUCUACCAGGAAGGACGGACAAUGCAAUAAAAAAUCAUUGGCACAGCUCAGUUAAGAAGAAAUAUGAAUCGUAUAGAGCAGAAGGAUUACUGGCUCAGUUCCAGGGCCUACCAGCUGCUCUAUAUCCUACAGGGAGUCUAAAUGUUGAUUCAUCAUCUGCAAUGAUGCAGCAAAAUAGUGAUGGCAGUGGUUUGAAUGUUAAUCAGGAGGUACAAGAUUCCUCGGAGUUUAGCCAAUCAGCAUUGGCUAAUAUUUCUUCUUCUCAAGUGGAGCAAGUUGAUGAGCCUGUGGGCUGUCAUGGGCAAAUACAUUCCAGUGAUGGAGCGCAUGACUCUUACUCUUCAUGUCAGGAAGCAUGCGAUACUAAAGCCAACGAUGCUGCCUCUACUUCACCAGAGACUCGUCACCAGUUGUCAAUCUCUGAAAAUGAUCCAGAUAUGCACUGGCAGCAAGACCUUUCUGUAGCCGACUUCGAUCUUCAGUCAGAACUGUGGCAGGAUAUUUCUUAUCAGAGUCUUACUGCACCAGACUCCAUCAGUGCUGAUUCUUUCUUCAGCCCAAAUUACCAGCACAGUGCAUGCUCAUCUGAAGUUGCGAACAAUUUUGAAGAACCACUUUAUCCAUUGCAUACAUACUCAUCAAGCAGGACAGGCACUGUGCAUCAUCAAAGUUCUGCAACAUCAGUACCUCCAUCCUUUAUUUGUUCAGGCCGUGCUAGCCAGAUUGUUUCCAGUGAACUGCCUAUAGUACCAGAAUCCAAAGAGCAACAGAUGACAAGUGUUGAAGAGUCACUGCCUAUAGUGCCAGAAUCCAAAGAGCAACAGCUGACAAGUGUUGAAGAGUCACACAACCUUUGGAAUCUACAACCAUGGGAAGAGAAGCGUCACCAAACCAUGGUAAAUCCGUGGUAG